GAGCUCUAGAGAAAUAUUUUAGGGUUCUUCAAUGGCGAGGAGCGCGGAAUGUGAGGGAGGCGCCAAGGAUCUAGCGAUCGGGAGCGGCGAUUUCCAGAUUCUCAAGGAGGAGCUGCGCUAUUCGCGCUAUCUCAACGUUUACAAUCGCAUUGUGGAGUAUCCCCCCGAUGCACAGGAUGCCCGCAAGGUCGUGGAAUACGACAUUGUAGGCUCCAGGACUGUGUCGUUCCAUUUCUGUGCCGUCAUGCCUUUCGACUCGAAAAGCAAGCUUGUGACUUUGAUCAAGGAGUACGCGCAGGGAUCGAAUGGAAUGAUGUUUAGUUUGCCUUGCGGUGGUCUCUCGAAAAGCCAUACUUCUCUGGAAGAUUGUGCAAUGAAGGAGCUGUCCGAGGAGGCUCACUUGCACGAUGGCAAGCUUGUAAAGCUGAUUGGCGACGACCAUCCUGGUUUGCUCGAGGUAAAAUGGUGCAGGAAUAGAUUCACUCCAUAUCUGAUCCUGGAUCCUCUGAUCGAUCCAAACCCGAGACCACGAGAUAGUGAGGAGUAUAUGGAAAUUGUGAGAGUGGACUUGGAAGAAUUAGACAAGAUCAUGUUCAGUGGCCAGAUGAUGCUACCAUCGAUUGUGACUUGCUCCAUGGGGCUAAGGUACCUCAAGAAACAUCACAUCUUAUAGCUCCAAAACUAGGAAACAACAUCUUCAAUAACUAGCUGAUAAAAGAUGAACAUGUGCCUGCUAUUUUUCGAUUUUA